AUGGAAGUUCCAGGAAAACAUUGUUACUUCUCCUGUAUGGAGUAUGUGCACGGCUUGAUCUGCAUUGAAGAUAUAGACUCACGAAAGCCCCUAGUUUGGAACCCUACCCUGGGACAAUUAUUAGUUUUACCCAAACCCAAAAUGAGCUCCAGACAUAUGAACGUGUUUUUAGGAUAUGAUCCAGUUGAAGGUAAACACAAAGUAGUGUGCCUUCCCCAUAGAAAAACUUGCUACGUCUGCCGAGUUUUUACUUUGGGAACAGGGCAAGAAUCAUGGAGAACCGUCAAAACUAAAUUUAAGCAUAGUGUUGAAUCCUUUGCUUCUGGUCGAUGCAUCAAGGGGGUGAUAUAUUAUCUAGCAUGUAAUCGUCAAGGGUAUGAUACAGUUGUAAUGAGCUUUGAUGUGAGAUCUGAAAUAUUACAUAUGAUAGAACUACCCUCAAGUAUUCAAUGGGAUGUGCUUAUAACUUACAAGGGGAGAUUAGCUUGUAUUGAUGAAAUAGAUGAUAAUAGAUUGUGGAGUCUGGAGGAUGAAACAGAUAAACACUACAAGUGGUCGUUUCAAGACUUUCUCUCACCUUUAUACAAGUUUUUUUUCCAACUACAAGGCUCCACUCAUGCUGGUGAGUUUAUUUAUGUACCUUUCAACAAAUCGUCGUAUAUUGAAUUCUACGAUCCGGUGGGAAACAGUUGGAGAAGACUUGAACUUGAAGGAAACUCAGACAAAGAAUUUGGACACAGAACUAUGAAGGUUUUCCCUAAUCACAUUGAAAGUCUUAUGCCUUUGUAA